AUGUUUCCCAAGCCCAGCAUGGACGACUCAGCGCCGCUGGCGUCGCUGUCCUUGACACACGUCUACUAUGACCCCUCCGACCCGGUCUCGUACCUCUGCGCCUGGCUCGCCCUCGUGCCGCAGGCCCUCUGCAUCGUCUACGCCACGCUCAUCUGGUCCUCGCGCGAGGCCGAGGUCGCCCUCAUGUUCGCCGGCCAGCUCGCCUGCGAGGCCGCCAACUUUGCCCUCAAGCGCCUCAUCAAGGAGGAGCGGCCGGCCCACCGCGCCGCCCUGUCGCACAAGGGCUACGGCAUGCCCAGCAGCCACGCCCAGUUCGUCGCCUUCUGGGCCGUCGCCCUGGCCCUCUUCCUGCUCGCGCGCCACAAGCCCCGCCCCUUUGCGCACCGCAGCGCCGCCGCCGCCGUCGCGAACGGGAACGGGAACGGCGCAGCAGCGGGCAGCGGUAGGAGGGCGGCUGCGACGACAGCAUCGAUCGUGGGCCGCGCGCCGCAGCAGCUCCUGCUGCAGGCCGGGCUGGACGCCUACCUCGACCCGGAGGCCUACGCGCACCGGCCCUGGUCCUUCCUCGAGCGCGCGCUGGCCAGCCUCGCGGCGUUCGUGCUGGCCGCCCUCGUCGCCUGGAGCCGCACGUACCUGGGCUACCACACGACCAAGCAGGUGCUCGUCGGCGCCGCGGCGGGGACCGCCUGCGCGCUGGCCUGGUUCGCCGCGACGGCCGUGGCGCGGCGGGCCGGGCUCCUGUCGUGGGCGCUCGACCUGCCCGUGGCGCGGUGGUUCCGGAUGCGGGACCUGGUCGUCGAGGAGGACCUGUGCCAUGCCGGCUGGGAGAAGUGGGAGGACAAGAAGAUUGCCAUGCAGGAGAAGAAGGCCAAAUGA